AUGUAUCCACAGAUCGUCUUUAUCCGCGAUAAGAUGCCCGUCCUCAUUGACCGCGCCAAAGAGCUGCAAAUUCUCUCUCCUCACUGGGUCCUCAGUAUAGGCAAGGAAGCCAAGUUCAUAAGCACUCUAGAAGACAAGCUCCGCGCCACUCUACCCAGACUGAUUUCGCAGUUUGGCGUAGAGGCCACGAAGGAGGCCGCACCGGACUGGGAGUGGGAUUGGAAGCGCAACUGUUGGCGCGUUGUCUUCCGCAUCCCCAUCCGCGAGGUCGAAAUGGACCACGAAGUCGUCCUGCUGAGUGCUUGCACGUAUCAGACGGGCUUUGGCUGGCGCGUUGAGGAGAUGACGGGAGGGUCGCGAGACCAGGGAGUCUUGCCGGCGAAGUAA